GUAACAGAGGAAAGGGGAAGUGGUACAGUUAAAAGAGUCCUCCUCCAUCUGCAGCUCUGCAGAACGCAACACCCACCUCGCUACAACGACCGCAGGGGGAGAAAACGGACAAACUAACGACGAGAGACAAUGACAAGACGACAGGAGAGGUGAACACAGACGGAGCCAACAAGACGGAGACAACAAGACAGAGAGACAUAAAGACGGAGACAACAAGACGGAGACAAAUCAACAAGGGGCAAGUAGAACAGAACGACAGACCUGAAGAAGAGGAGAACAAGAAGGUGGUCGUGUUACGGUUGAGAUGGAGCUGUGGCGUCACUGUGCCGUGUGGCUGAUAGAGUGCAGGGUGCUCCCUGAGAGUCACAGGGUAACGUGGGACAGUGCUCAGGUGUGUGAGUUAGCCCAGGCUCUGAGGGAUGGAGUCCUGCUCUGUCAGCUGCUGAACAACUUACUACCCCACGCCAUCAACCUCCGAGAGAUUAACCUCCGACCCCAGAUGUCCCAGUUCCUGUGUCUGAAGAACAUCCGUACGUUCCUGGGGGUGUGUCAGGAGAAGUUCCACCUGAGGAAGACUGAACUGUUUGAAGCCUUCGACCUGUUUGAUGUCAGAGACUUCGGCAAGGUGAUAGAUACCUUGUCCAUUCUGUCCCAGUCCCCCAUCUCCAUCCAGAAGGGUUUCCAGUCUUUCCCAAUAGAUGGCUGUAUUGCUGAUGAUGAUAUCUACAACGGUCUCUCUGACCAGAUUGAUGAAACAGUGGAUGAGGAUGAUGACCUUUAUGACUGUGUGGAGGAUGAGGAGAAUGAGGGGGAUGAGAUAUAUGAAGACCUGAUGAGGGCCGAUGAGCCAUCGGAGACGCAGCAUCAGCAGAAGAUGGAGGUGGAUAAGAGAGAAUGCUGCCUGCAGGAGAUCAGACUGACAGAGGAGAAAUACACUGACACGCUGGAGUCCAUAUUACAGCACUUCAUGAAGCCCCUCCAGAAGUUCCUUCAGCCUCACGACAUAGAGAGCAUCUUCAUCAACACGGCGGAUCUGGCUGUAACCCAUCGUAGUCUGCUGGGGGAGAUCCAGACCUCGAUCUUAACCCUGAAUGCAGAGAACCUCUACCAGGUUUUCAUCAACUACAAAGAGAGGUUGUUGCCGUAUGGGCGGUACUGCAGUCAGGUGGAAGCAGCUACUAAACACCUGGACAAGAUGUCCGCCAUGAAGGAAGGAGUUAAGAUGAAACUAGAGGAGUGCUCUAAGAGGGCUAACAGUGGCAGGUUCUCUCUGCGUGAUCUACUCAUGGUUCCCAUGCAGAGAGUCCUCAAAUACCACCUACUGCUCCAGGAGCUAGUGAAACACACCUCCAGCAAUACAGAGAAAGAGAACCUUCGGACAGCUCUAGAUGCCAUGAGAGACCUGGCUCAGUGUGUGAACGAGGUAAAGAGAGACAACGAGAUCAUCAAACAGAUCACCACCUUCCAGUUGUCUAUAGAGAACAUGACUCAGUCUCUGGCUCUGUACGGACGACCCAAGAUCGAUGGAGAACUGAAGAUCAGCUCCUCAGAGAAGAAGUCCAAACAGGACAGGUAUGCGUUCCUGUUUGACAAGGCGAUGCUAGUGUGUAAGAAGAAGAGUGGAGAGACGAUGGAACUGAAGGAGAUUAUAGACCUGCAGUACUACCAGCUACGAGACGAGACCACCGGGGAGAAGGACAGCAAGAAGUGGUCACAUUUUUUCCUGCUUAUAGACUGUUAUGGGAAGUCAGGAUACGACCUUUUCUUCAAGACCAGAGAUCUCAAGAAGAAAUGGCUGGAGCAGUUUGAGAUGGCCCUGUCCAACAUGUGUCCAGAGAACUGUACUGCCAACAGUCAUGACUUCCAGAUGCACUGCUUUGAAGAUACCACCUCCUGCAAGGCCUGCAGUAUGCUCCUCAGGGGGAUAUUCUUCCAGGGGUAUCGUUGUAGUCGUUGCAGAAUGGCCGCUCAUAAAGAAUGUCUGGGAAGAGUACCAGGCUGCGGACGCAACUCAGACCACUCAGGGAACGUGAAGAAGAAUAAGAAGUCAGCUCCUCACAGACAAGCCAGUCCAGGCCUUCCUACAAUGGAGGUGUGUCAGGAGUACUAUGGUUUACCUCCGCCCCCUGUAGCGUUCGGCCAACCACUGCACCUCUCCAUGGGUGAUGUCAUCGAACUGACAAGAGCCGAUGCCGACCUAACGUGGUGGGAGGGCAAGAACGUGACGAUUGGUCAGAUGGGUUGGUUCCCCUGCAGUAAGGUCCAGCCCUUCAUCUCUAGACCAACUCCCGACCUAUCCGACUUCCUAUGGUUUGCGGGGAACAUGGACCGGUCAGCGGCAAAGAACCUCCUGAUUUCACGGUCGGACGGAACGUUUCUGGUCCGCCAGAAAGACGGAGGAGAGUUCGCAAUCAGCCUCAAGUUUAACAUGGACAUCAGACACAUCAAGAUCACGUCAACAGAAGGCCUCUACCGCAUCAACGAGAAGAAAGCAUUCAAAGGGUUAAUCGAGAUGGUUCAGUUCUACCAGCAACAUUCAUUGAAGGAGUAUUUUAAGGAUGUGGACACCACCCUCCAGACCCCCUUCAAUCAGCCUGAACAGAGUGAUACACCCUUCAACACACCCUCCCCAGGUACACACACACACACCACCCUCCAGACCCCCUUCAACCAGCCUGAACAGAGUGAUACACCCUUCAACACACCCUCCCCAGGUGGCAGUAUACGUUCGUUCGGCACAGCGAGGGCCAGGUAUGACUUCUCAGCCAGAGACCGUACAGAGCUGUCUCUGAGAGAAGGAGACACAGUCAAGGUCCUGUCUAAGAAAGCUCACAAUGGAUGGUGGAAAGGAGAGGUCUAUGGACGGGUCGGUCUGUUCCCAGCUAACUAUGUAGAAGAGGAUUACUCUGACUACUGCUGAUGUCGCCUCACACCUUCACCUGUGUGACUACUGCUGAUGUCGCCUCACUGUCACACCUUCACCUGUGUGUGAAAGAGACAGUGUGUCCCAAUUCAAUCCCUACCCCUUCCCUUGGCCCUAACCAGUGCAGUCAAAAAUGUGAUUUUACUGUUUUGUUUUUUCAACAACAUCUUCACACUAUGAGGUUGAAAUAACACUCUGAAAUUGUAUAAAAUUACGAUAAUGUCCUUUUGAAAACAAUGCUUGGAAUUUCAGCCUGUUCAGGUGGGAUGGAGUUUUUGACCCACAGCAUGACAUCACAAUCUGAUCUGAUUUUUCUGACCAAUGACCAGUCAUCUUUUAUUUGCAUAUGUCUCCACCUACUUUGAAGGGGUAAGCUGGGUAGGCUCUAGUGCAGGGAUGGGCAACUCCAGUCCCACUGUUUCCCUAGCAAACACAGCUGAUUAAACUGACUGUAUUCUGAACUGAAGAACAUGAUCAUUGCAUUACUGGAGUCAGAUGUCUUAGCUGGGGCUGAAGUGUGACACCAAUCAGGUCCCCGAGGACUGGAGCUGCCCAUCCCUGCUCUAGAGUCUAGACAAUCCUAUCCACCAAUCAGAGCUGUGCAUGUAAAUAUAUUUACAUUUCUAUCAACACACCGACACGAUCAGACAGAGCAUUCCAAUGGCUGAAGGAGGCUCAGGGAAAUAAAUUAUAAAACAUU